GGAGGCUUUUCUGUUUACAUUUUAUUUUCUUUUCAAUUUUCUUUUGCGGUCUUCUUUUGUAUAAAAGCUUUGAGUAAUUAAAUAUUUAUUAUGGCUCCAAAAAAAGAUACAAAAGGUGGCUCUAAAGACAAAGGUGGUAAAGCUGGAGCUGAGGACAAAGGAAAAGAAAAGAAAGGAGGCAAUGCUGUUAAAGUUAGACACAUCCUUUGCGAGAAGCAAUCUAAAAUUCUUGAAGCAAUGGAAAAACUUAAGGCUGGUCAAAAAUUUCCCGAUGUUGCAUCUGCGUACAGUGAAGACAAAGCAAGACAAGGUGGUGACUUAGGGUGGCAAAUUAGGGGAGCUAUGGUUGGACCUUUUCAAGACGCUGCCUUUGCCCUUCCUAUAAGCACAGUUGCUAAUCCAGUAUACACUGAUCCCCCUAUCAAAACAAAGUUUGGAUACCACAUAAUUAUGGUUGAAGGAAAGAAAUAAUAAAAAAAAUUUACAUCAAAAGUCAAAUUGACGAUGAAUUUUCUUUUCAAUUUAAAUAAAAUUUUUAGAUAUGUUAUUUUCAAAUUUUCUUCGAAGUGAAAUUGUCGAUUCUAGUCACAUAUUUUGAAAUAUUUUUUUUUGGCAUCAGAAG